GGGCUGCAGCCUGUGAAGUGGGAGGGCAGAAACUUCCAGAAGCGGACUGGGCGGCGUGCAAACUGCCGGAAGCUCUUUUGUUUUAAUGUUAGCUAAAUAGCUAACCGAAAUACUCACAGGAUCUAAUAUACGUGUGUGAAUAAAUUCAGUGUUGUGCGUUUUGAUUUAAAAAAAAAAAAGAUAAAAUAAUUUUUGGUGUGGACCGAAGUGUGAGAAGGAACACAAGGCUGGAAAAAUGGACGAGUGUGUGACAGUGGUCACCAACCCCGUGGUGUCUGUGCGUGUGACCAGCACCCUCAGCUCCUUCGAGGUGAACCGGAGAUUUAACCGAGGGAUCACCAUCGCAGAGUUCAAGAGCAAGCUGGAGCUCGUCAUCGGCUGCCCUGCGGCCUCUAUGGACCUUCAGUUGUUCAGCUCUUCAGACAAGUUCUUGCAGAACCUUGAUGAUAAUGAGGCUCUUUUAGGUUCCUACCCUGUAGAUGACGACUGCAGAAUACACGUGAUUGACCGCAGUGGUUCUCUGACUGGAGCGUUCAGUGAUUUGUCCAAGGUGGAGAAAUAUGAGAUUCCUGAAGAUGCAUAUGAGAAGAGAGCAGACUCGAUGCGAAACUUCAAAAGGAACAUGAAGAUAGGACGCUUCAACGAAGACAACAUGGCUAAACGUGAAGAGGCGCACUCACAGAAAGAAGAAGAGGAGAAAGCUGCAUUAGCCUUGAUCACAGUUGGCAAGCGGUGUCAAGUUCAAGUUGCUGGUCAGCCAACAAAGAUUGGUACAGUUAUGUUUGUGGGUACAGCAGACUUCAAACCAGGCUACUGGGUGGGUGUGAAAUAUGAUGAGCCACUUGGGAAAAAUGAUGGCAGUGUGAAUGGCAAGCGGUACUUUGAGUGUGAGCCAAAGUACGGUGCAUUCGUGAAGCCUCUGUCCGUGACUGUGGGAGACUUUCCAGAGGAGGACUACGGUCUGGAUGAGAUGUAGGCUCCACCUGGCAUGGUAUCACAAGGUAUCAGGCGGGGGAAAAACAUCUGGAAGGACAAAGCAGGACUCGAGUCAGUCCACUGUCAUAGCCCUUGAUUACAAGGGUUUUUCCUGUUGUUAUAGCUAAUCAUAUUUUAGUUUCAUGCUUGUAUUGAAGAAACCUAAAAGGUGGCCUUUACACAACACUGUUAGUGGACAUUUAACAGCAUCUGCUUGCAAUUAAACAAUAACAUUUUUAAUUACAUCUCUGUGGCCACUGGCAUUGCUUAGCUCAUAAUGUGAGGACAGGAGUAGACGCCAAAUUAGCUGUCUCGCAUAUCAGCUGAGACAGAAUUAACAGAUUUUUUUGGUUUUUUUUGCCAAGCAUUUUGCUGCGUUUUGAUUGCGAAUAUUUCACAUUUUGUUUUCUCACCGAACUUCAGUGUGUUUUUCUCCAUCUCUUCAUAGCUGCUUUUAAUGAAUGAUAAAAUGUGUAAGAAGAGAUAGCAUAACAUAAUUAUUUGGGAUGUUGAACUUUUAUUUUCACUAAUAUGUAUAAUAUGUAUAAAUGUUUUUGGAAACUAA